AUGGUUGUAAAUAUUCAUGUUUCUACCCCAGAUUCAACAUUAUCUACACAAAUUACCAUUGAUUUCCCUACCAAUCCAGAUACAAUCAAUACACAACCUGUUUUAUACUGCCAAUCCAAUUGUAGCAAAAAUGGUUUUUGUGUUACAAAUAAUGCGACAUGUUCAUGUUUUUCUAAAUGGACCGGAAGUGAAUGCUCUUUACCUAUUCAGUCUAUUAGUUCAAUUGAUCCAUGUACUUCUAGUGGAGGUCAAGUUAUUAUACAUGGUUGGUUUGGUGAUGUUCAUGAAGACCCAUCAAUAACUAUUGGUAAUUUACCAUGUUCAAGUCCUCAAUUUACAUCUGAUACUAUAGUAUGUCAAUUAGGUGGUGGAGAUGGCACUAAAGAUGUAGUUAUUACACAAAAUGGAGUACAAGUAGUUUUCAAAAAUAGAUUCCAAUAUCUCAAUUAUAAUUACCCAUGCCUUAAUGAUUGUACAUCACCAUUACAUGGUACAUGUAAUACCACUAUAGGUUCCUGUAUUUGCAAAGAUUCAUGGACUGGUUUCGAUUGCUCAUUAAAAUCAUCUAAUGACACCAAUGGAAACAAUAUACCAGGCUCAAACUCAACAGUUGAUACAGAUACAGGUGAAACAUCAAUUUCAAAUGAAAAUACAAAUUAUCUUGUUGGUUUAAUAGAAUUAGUAGAAAUCGAUGUUAAUGGUAAUGAGGCAAAGAGAACAGAUUUACAAAGUAAUUGGAAUGCUACAGUUAAAAAUUCAAUUUACAAAUUCUCAAAAUCAUAUGAAAAUUUAUUCAAUAUAGUUUAUACAGUCGAGCAAAUUAAAGAGCAAUUAAAAGAAUAUACAUAUGCAGGAAUCAAACUUUCAAUACCCAAGGGUGGUAUCAAAAUCUCUGUAAACAUUACAAACUAUCAGUAUCAAAGUUCAUUAAAUACACUACAAUUAAGAUUCCUAUCAACUGUCAAAGAAAGCGAUUUAAAUGAUUGUAAUAAUGAGGAAUCUAAAAGCACUACUAAUAUAGACCCAAAUUUAACCUUAAAUUAUAUUUCAAUUAAAAAAAACAAAAGAAUUUUUUCAGGCAGAUUCAUCAAUCGUAUUGAAUCAGAUGGUAGGGCUACUUUUAUGUCAAGUGAAAUUGUAUCAUCAAAUUCAACAAGUGUUAUUGUUGGUUUAAAUUUACCAUUUUGUAAAACUUGUUAUAUUGACCCUGAUUUCUCAGUACUAGUAUCACCUGAUUUUAAAGCAUGCAACAAAUCAAGAGAAAAAUGGAUAAUACCUGUUGCUGUGGUUGUACCAUGUGUAGGGGUUGCUUUAAUAAUCAUCAUCAUUGUUUUACUCUAUAAAAAUUAUAAAUAUUCAAUCAAAGAAAAACUUGAUUUUAAACUUAGAGUGUUUAAUAAAGAAUAA